CUUAGAUGUACACUCUUUGUUUUGUUUAGAUCAGAAAUUUUCCAAUCUUUUUAGUAUAGAGAUGUUUUUUAUAAUUUGCUGUUUUGGGUCAGUAUUCAGUUGGCUUAACGCACCGAUUCAAGCGUUUUUGAGACCAGCUUUAUGGAUUCCAGGGCUUCGCUCUUUCCAUCGAAAAAAAGAGAGGUGGCAAUGGAAAGAAGAUCCUGAAUGCACUUUUAGAAGGGUCCGUGAAGCGUUAGCUGUGUUGGAAAUGCGGUUUUACGAACACUAUGGAUAUAGAAAUAUAAAAGUAGCUAAGGUAGAUGCUGACCAACUGUUUAUUCGAGCAUAUUUCUUAACACCGCGGAUGCAGUGGCUGGACGUAGUGGAGUUGCAAUUCGAAUGCGGUGAACAUUCUGGUACAAGUGUAAAGGCACAUUCGUUUUCUUCUGGAGUGCUUCCUGUUUGUAUUCCUUUUGCUUUUCUUCUAAACAUGCUUCUCUUUUUCUUUCCAUUCUCUGAUUGGGGACAGAAUAAGAAGCGUUUGUUGUUGAUCAGAAAAGUCGCUACCAUCGAACCAGAGAUCGAGUAUUUAUCAAAUUGUUGAUAUCCUUGUAUGCUUAAAUGGACACUAUGGUUUGUACAUUUACAUGGAAAUAAUAUAUGUUUUAUAUUUUCUACAUAAAGAUUAAAUAAUAUAAGAAUUUUACAUUAUUUUUUACCUAAUUUACAUUAUUUUUACUGGUUUUUAACGUGCUCCGUUUUGUGUUCAUUUUUCUAACAAAUAAUAUUUCUACUAUCGUCAAACCUUAAUAAAGAUUUUGUUUUGAUCUCUUUUUUGUGAACAUUUUCUAUACCAAGGAGACUUUUGGUUCAGUCAAAAGCUAGCCAGCGUUAUAAGAUUUCUGAUGUUCCAUAUGUAACAACUUUAUGAACGUUUAUUUGAAGUGUAUACAAUCUUUACACCGACUUAUAAUGUCGGCCAUACUUGUAGCAUGGUGUGAAAGUUACAGAUUGAGGUAUUUGUUGAUCAGAGAUUGACGGCGAUUGUUUAAAAAAUGACGCCGUUUGAGACCUGUGAAAGAAAAACGAUUCAUUAAAUAUUAGAAAUAUUUUAAAUUUUAAAGAACUUAUUUUUACAAUUAUUUUACGCAAAUUUUACCUAAGUUUUGAUAAUAUAAAGUAUAUAUGACAUAAUGAUAUAAUGAAGAAAGAAAUUCCAUUUUAAA